CUUCGACCCAUUGUUAUGAGUGGACCGUCUGGGAAUGGGAAAAGCACACUGUUGGAGAAGUUGUUCAAAGAGUACCCAGGAUGCUUUGCUUUUAGUGUUUCUCGUAAGUAAUUUGUGAUCUCCCCCCCGGUCAUCUUUGCACCACACCCUCUCAAGUAGCUUGAUAAUCAAUAAAAUAUUGUAUGUGUGUGCACAUUCUCUAGAUAUCUCAGCUUGAUAAUCAAUAAAAUACUACAUUUGUGUGCACACACAUAAGAUCCCCUAGCUUGAUAAACAAUACAAUAGUGCAUGUGUGUACAUAUACUCUAGAUAUCUCAGCUUGAUAAUCAAUAAAAUACUACAUUUGUGUGCACACACAUUAGAUCCCCUAGCUUGAUAAACAAUACAAUAGUACAUGUGUGUACAUAUACUCUAGAUAUCUCAGCUUGAUAAUCAAUAAAAAAAAAAAUACUGCAUCUGUGUAAAGACACACAAUAUAUUUCAGCUUGAUAAUCAAUAAAAAUACAUUUGCCUAAGCAUGCACUAGAUAUCUCAGCUUGAUAAACAAUUAGAUACUGCAUUUGUGCACACAUACAUUGGAUCACUGGUUUGUUUCACUGUGUUUGUGCACACAUACAUUGGAUCACUGGUUUGUUUCACUGUGUUUGUGCACACAUACAUUGGAUCACUGGUUUGUUUCACUGUGUUUGUGCACGCAUACAUUGGAUCACUGGUUUGUUUCACUGUGUUUGUGCACACAUACACUGGAUCACUGGUUUGUUUCCAAUCAAACACUAUAAGACCAAUCACUUCUAUUGUUUGAAAAUCUAACAGGAGUGAAUUAUUAUCUUGUUAUGACUGUGACAAUUAAUUGAUCAAGACUUUGUUAACUGUCCUGUCUUAUUAAGACUUAGUUCAUUGUCCUGUCUUAUUAAGACUUAGUUCAUUGCCCUGUCUUAUUAAGAUUUAGUUCACUGCCCUGUCUUAUUAAGACUUAGUUCAUUGCCCUGUCUUAUUAAGAAUUAGUUCAUUGCCAUGUCUUAUUAAGACUGAGUUCAUUGUCCUGUCUUAUUAAGACUUAGUUCAUUGCCCUGUCUUAUUAAGACUUAGUUCACUGCCCUGUCUUAUUAAGACUUAGUUCACUGUCCUGUCUUAUUAAGACUUAGUUCACUGCCCUGUCUUAUUAAGACUUAGUUCAUUGCCCUGUCUUAUUAAGACUUAGUUCACUGUCCUGUCUUAUUAAGACUUAGUUCAUUGCCCUGUCUUAUUAAGACUUAGUUCAUUGCCCUGUCUUAUUAAGACUUAGUUCACUGUCCUGUCUUAUUAAGACUUAGUUCAUUGCCCUGUCUUAUUAAGACUUAGUUCAUUGCCCUGUCUUAUUAAGACUUAGUUCAUUGCCCUGUCUUAUUAAGACUUAGUUCAUUGCCCUGUCUUACGCUUUGCAGAUACAACAAGAAAACCAAGGCAUGGGGAGAAAGAUGGUGCUAGUAGUGGUUGUUUUGUGUCACAUACCCUGCAAAAGAUGGUGUAGUAUAGUGAUUGUUUUAAGAUAUACCUUGCUAAAGAUGGCGUAGUAUAGUGGUUGUUUUAAGAUAUACCUUACUAAAGAUGGUGUAGUAUAGUGGUUGUUUUAAGAUAUACCUUACUAAAGAUGGUGUAGUAUAGUGUUUGUUUUAAGAUAUACCUUACAAAAGUUGGUACAUUUUAGUAGUUGUGUGAAAUACCUUAAAAAGGUUAUCAGCAUUCAACACUAUCCCACCACAACUUAUAGUUUAAAAGCUUUAUUCGUUAGGUUUAAAUUCAAAUAUUCAAGUGUGAAUACAGAGCUUUUUAAAAAAUCCCCCACACUAUGUCAAGGGUAACAACCAAAUAUCAUUAACUAGAGAAACUAGUUUUGUUGCGCCACAAUGUUGCAUUCACUCCCCUGUCCUGUAUUACAAAAAACAAACAAAAGAACAAUUACAUCCAGAGCCUAAGUAACACCGUUUCAAUCAUAAAAUUUACAGAUGAUACCACCAUGGUUGGCUUAGUAUCUAAAGGAGAAAGGUUAUAUGAAAAGUUUGAAGCUUUAUCAGUGGGUGCGAUGAAAGUUUUCUUCAGCUGAAUGUGUCGAAAAGGAGAGAAAUGGUUGUCCAUUUCCGAAGGGAGAAUCACCCAAUUUCAGAUCUCACAAUAAAAAAUUACAAGUCGACACAUCUCAGUACCUAGUUGUCACCAUUUCUGACAUGGCAUGGACACAUCCAAAUUCUGUAUAAAAAAAAAAGUCAACCAAAGUCUAUUUUAAAAAAUUGCACUAGUUCAGCUUGAACAAAACAAGUUAUUAACUUAUUCUACAGGGCAAUAAGCAGAAGCCUACCAAAUUUCAAUAUUGCCUGCAGGUGUGUGAAUUUAUCCCCUGACAUCAAACACUGACUUCAUAGAAUAAUCCAUAAACACACAAACUGAACAGCCUUCACUUGAACUAUUUAAAUAAAAAUGCUGUAGUGAAAACUGAAUUUUUUUUAGAUGAUACAUCUCACCCUCUUCAUCACAGAUGCUUAGAUCAGCUCAAUCAGGGUCAUUCUUUCAGUUAGGACUACAUCCCACCCUCUUCAUCACAGAUGCUUAGAUCAGCUCAAUCAGGGUCAUUCUUUCAGUUAGGACUACAUCCCACCCUCUUCAUCACAGAUGCUUAGAUCAGCUCAAUCAGGGUCAUUCUUUCAGUUAGGACUACAUCCCACCCUCUUCAUCACAGAUGCUUAGAUCAGCUCAAUCAGGGUCAUUCUUUCAGUUAGGACUACAUCCCACCCUCUUCAUCACAGAUGCUUAGAUCAGCUCAAUCAGGGUCAUUCUUUCAGUUAGGACUACAUCCCACCCUCUUCAUCACAGAUGCUUAGAUCAGCUCAAUCAGGGUCAUUCUUUCAGUUAGGACUACAUCCCACCCUCUUCAUCACAGAUGCUUAGAUCAGCUCAAUCAGGGUCAUUCUUUCAGUUAGGACUACAUCCCACCCUCUUCAUCACAGAUGCUUAGAUCAGCUCAAUCAGGGUCAUUCUUUCAGUUAGGACUACAUCCCACCCUCUUCAUCACAGAUGCUUAGAUCAGCUCAAUCAGGGUCAUUCUUUCAGUUAGGACUACAUCCCACCCUCUUCAUCACAGAUGCUUAGAUCAGCUCAAUCAGGGUCAUUCUUUCAGUUAGGACUACAUCCCACCCUCUUCAUCACAGAUGCUUAGAUCAGCUCAAUCAGGGUCAUUCUUUCAGUUAGGACUACAUCCCACCCUCUUCAUCACAGAUGCUUAGAUCAGCUCAAUCAGGGUCAUUCUUUCAGUUAGGACAGAAAAAUAUCAAAGUAUCAAAAUAUGUUUUCCCAGUCUGUUAGAAUUUACCAGUGUGCUCCCCCAGUGGUUACCAAAUCUAAAUGAUCACUAAUUAUGUCAUUAUUCUCACUAAGGGAGUUAAGUUUUAUGGUACAUAAUGACUUACUUUUCCCCCAGAGAAAUACUUUACAUGUCCUGUGUUUAAUUUGUUCCGAUUUUAAAAAUGUUGUCGUGGUUAAAAUACUUACUUAUUUAUGUGCUGAAAUUGAAUAUGUACAACACAUUUUCAGUUAUUUGGAUUAGUACAAGAAUUUUAUCUCUAAUCUAUUUUGUUUCAGCUUACCAUUUUGUCUCAGAGGAGCAGUUUAAGAAGUUAAUUGCUGAAAAUGGCUUCCUUGAAUAUGCUCAGUUUUCUGGAAAUUUCUAUGGAACAAGGUAAACAAAAAAAUUAGUCUUUAAAAAAAACUCACAUCUAAUUUUAUUUAAGUUUAAGAGCAUUCUAUUUAUAUCAGUCUAUUGAUCUUCAUUUUUUUUGGUUAUCGUCACGGUUACCUUACGCAUUCGGAACAUUUCAGUAAAACGUCGUGAAGGAGAUUACAAAUUCUGGAAAACUCUGUGUCCUGGAUGUUGAAAUCAACGGAGUCAAAAAUAUUAAAAAAUCUGACCUCAAGCCAACACCAAGAUACAUCUUCAUUAGCCCACCAAGCUUGGAAGUUCUGGUAUGUCCUAAACAUUGGCAGGCGUUUAUUUUAUUUAGUCUUAACCCUCUUAUCUUACCGUGUAAGUCAAAGCAUUCAGUUGCACAUCUGGGUUUAAUAAAAUAUAAUAGUCUGAGGUUCUUUUAAAAAUACAUUUUUUUAAACCUUCCAAAACACACACCCCUCUCCCCCCCCCCCCACCCACUCCCCGUAAAUUAUUGUUAAUAGGUCGUCUUUGGCUCAUGGAUAAAAUAUUACUGAAAGGCUCUCCUAUAUAAUAAUAUUUGCAUGAAUUAUUCAAAUUUCAAAUUUUGAAAACUAAAUUUUGCAUAUUGUUAUCUAAAAAAUUUUUUAUUGAAACCAAAAAAAACCUCACCUUAUAUAACUAUCCAGUGAGACUGACUUUUACUCAAGGCCUACAUGUUAAACUUCAUUUGUCAGGUUUAAGGGAGGUGGAUUCUUCAAUGUAUAGGUUAUCAGUUUGUGUAAGCCGAGUUUCAAUGAUAUGAACAUCAACCUUUUUAUUACCCGCUCAUUUUAUUUAGGAAAAAAGACUGAGGGAUAGAGAGACAGAAACUGAAGAGAGUUUAAAUCAAAGACUGGCAGCAGUUAAAGAGGCUCAAGACUAUG